CAGAUUCGCACAGAGCUCAAGCACACAGCGGAUAAGGCCAUUGAAAUAGAAAAUAAAGUUUUUGGGGUGCGGCAAUUCUGCAAGUGGCAAACUGAUAAUGGCGUCACCAUCUACAGCGGCAACUCUCUCAUGGAGUUCUUCCUCUUGGCUUCACAGCUUUGUUGGACGCUCUAAUGAAAUCUCGAAGUGUCCAGACAAAAGAAUGCCCAUGGUGAUUUGGGCUCAAAAGAAAGCCAAAAAGACCAGAAAGAUAUUAUUGAAAGAGGAUGUGACAGAUUUGGGGAAAAAGGGGCAGCUGCUCGAUGUGAAGCCUGGGUAUUACAGGAAUUAUCUUCUGCCUAUGGGCAAGGCCCAGAUUAUUACUCCUGGUCUACUCAAGGAAAUGCGGAUGGAAGAGGAAAGAAUUGAAGCUGAGAAAAAGCGGGUAAAAGAAGAGGCACAGCAGCUUGCUCUUAUUUUUGAAACUGUUGGAGCUUUCAAGGUGAAGCGCAAAAGUGGAAAGGGCAAACAAAUAUUUGGAAGUGUAACUCCUCAAGAUCUUGUUGACGUCAUCAAGGCACAGCUUCAGAGGGAUGUGGACAAACGAAUUGUUUCUCUUCCAGAAAUCAGGGAAACAGGAGAAUAUAUUGCUGAGCUUAAGCUUCAUCCUGAAGUUACUGCUCGGGUGAGGUUGAAUGUUUAUGCUAACUAAGGAAUAGGAUCUUUUGGAAGCACACUCUCUGAAUGAAUGAUUGGUGUGAGCAACUUGCAUCAUUGUCAGGUAUAUUAGCUUAUCAAAAUUAUUUUGAGAGGCGUAACGGUAUCCUGAGGGUUCCUUAUAAUGGGCUGGGAGUUGCCAGAGUAUUGAGGACAAAGAAACAAUUUUGCUAUUUCUAAUUUCUUAUAUAUGAAAUAAUGUAAUUAUUGAUUAUCUCAAAAUGCAGAAUUUCAUUUCAACAGAUUCAACUUUCAGCUCAAACUUAUCAAAUAUGCGUAUUCCACAGUUCCAAUUUCUAUCCUAAAAUAUAUAUUUCAUUUGAUUUUCUGUAAUAUAGGUCUAUUUCAGAAAUCAAUUGAUGAGUAAUAUUAUGCCACUAUAAUUUAGCUGAUAAAGAGAAGAAAAAGAUACGGGUCACUAACUUUUGGCAGUCUGGAUGUUCAAGCCACAUACCAUAGUGAGUAGGAGAGGUCUUUAUGAGGCUUACAGAGUCUCGAAAUGCUAUUUUGGCCCCAAUAGAGCUGCUUUAAAGCUGUGUCUGGAUGAAUUUUGUUCUGCUGUUUAGUUUUUUUAAUUAGGAUACAGAAUUAAUUUGUCAACAAUUGAUUUUUAUUUUAAAAAACAUUAAUGUGGGAAGUUUGCCUUCUUUCAAAUGAAUAAGCCAUGCUUGCAUAAAAUAAUAUUGUAUUAAAGAAUUGAAUUUCCUUAUCCUGAGCACUAGUGUUAGUCAUUGGAUCAUAGCAGUUCAAAGUUAACCUGCAAUUUAUCAUGCAUGUUUUUAUCUAUCAAUAAAAUUGAUCGGUUUCUUGAUGCUAAAUAUUGCCUUUACUGCAGGAGGACAUCAAAUGUAAUAUGAAAUAGAAAGAGACAUCUCCUGGAGAAUGAUGGUGUGUGUUAAUUGCCUGGACCAUGGAGAUGUACAAAUCUUGUUUCUCUUCAAAGUUGUGAUUUGCUGUUUCAUGUUCAUUCUUCUCCUGUAGAUUGUAGAAUGUUGUCUUUAAACUCUCUGUUGCUAUACAUCUCUACUACAACAAUUUUUAGAAUUUUCUAUAUUCCUAUUUAUCCCCGUAAUUGUUGAAUUUGCUGCUCA